GCAAGGCUUGUAACUUAAAUCACAACGGUGCGCCGCGUGCUGAGACACAGCCCCAUGUCUUACUUUCCUGGUUGGGUCCAGCUGGCCACUUGGAGUAAAGUGAUGCUUCCGUGAGGGUUUCCCUAUCCCCAGCGUUAUGAAGCAGUUCCGGGUGGUUGAGCCUGUAGUUGCGCUCUACUGUUUUGCGAGCUUUGUAAUAUAUCCGAUAUCGCAGCUGUAUAUAUAUCAGAGACUGUGGAAGGAGGAAUUCAACUCCAGUGUCCCAUACAGCGACAAUGUCUCCCAGUGCGAAACAAACCAGAGCAGCCCCUCCUUCAUACAUCAAAAGGAAGUCCAGAGGCGAGUGUCGUAUUUCACCUCCACCCUGGAUUUAAGCGGCCUCGUUCCGAGUCUCGUAAUGUCUUUAAUCCUUGUGUCCUACGGCGAUCGCCACGGCCGCAAAGCAUCCCUCGUUUUGCCUUCUGUUGGAGGCUUGUUGUCUGUUUUGGUGUAUUUCGCGACCUCCUUCUUUUCCCUGCCUCUAGAGAUUUUAUACGCGUCUUCAUUGAUCAGCGGAUUCCUUGGCAGCUUUGCAACGUUUCUGGGAGGCUGCUUUUCCUACGUGGCUGACAUCGCUAAGGACGUUCACAACAAAAACACGCACAUCGCUUUCGUGGAUAUGAUUCUUGGGGUGGCGAGUGGGAUUGCAGGGAUCGCGUCUGGGUAUAUGAUCAAGGAAUUAGGUUUUGAACUAUCCUUUGCCAUCCCAGCUAUACUUUAUAUCAUUGUCAUUUUCUACAUUAUAUUUUUCCUGGAAGAAACCGUGAAAAGAUCCGAAUUCCAGCAACAUGUUUUGAGUAAAGAAGGGUUUAAAGAACUGUUUUUAGGAGUGUUUUUACUGUUCAAGCACUCGUCUGUCAAGAAACGGGUGGCCUUAGGUCUCUUGCUUUUUGCGUUUAACUCAUACUUAUUUGCCAAUUUUGGGGCAACUGGCCUCUUUACCCUGUAUGAGCUGGAUACGCCUCUCUGUUGGGACGCCGUUCUCAUUGGAUGGGGUUCGGCCCUCUCCACCUUUUGCUUUGUGACCAGUUUCCUGGGGAUUUAUCUGUUCUCCCGAUGCCUAAAAGAUCCAUACAUUGUCUUCAUUGGAGUGCUGUCUGGGAUGAUAGGAAUAACCCUAGCAGCUUUCGCCAGGACCACAGUCGUCAUGAUGCUAGUGAGAAUUCCGAUUCUUUUUGCUGCUAUGCCGCUUCCCGUUCUGCGCUCUAUGAUGUCCAAAGUAGUUUUAGAAGAUGAACAAGGAGCACUCUUUGCCUGCAUUGCCUGUCUGGAAUGUAUAACGGGAGUCCUCGCGAUAUCCGCUUUCAAAAGCGUCUAUGCGUCUACAGUUAUGUGGUUCCCAGGGUUCAGUUUCCUGUUAUCUGCUGGUCUCUGCCUAAUUCCAAUUGGUGUUGUAUGGUUCUUGGUAUGCAUUGGUUAUCAAGAAAGAGAUCACACUCUUAUCGUUAACGAAGAAGUAAGUACCGAAGAAGAAUCUUGAUCAACAUCGUAAAUGCCCGGCGGACAAUGGAAGAGCAAAAUGUUUA